UGAUUCUUCCUUCUAUGUGCAGGUGUGACCGGAGACAGUGAGCCAGACACCUGAUCGACACCAUGUCACUACAGCGGAUGCUGAAGCUGCACUAUGUGCUGGUGCUGGUUCUGUGUGUGUCAACCAGCGAAGACUUCGACUGGACCAAGAAUGAACGGGGCUCAUUCUACUAUGGCACUUUCCCAACUGGGUUUUCCUGGGGGGCUGGGGGCUCUGCGUACCAGACAGAAGGAGCCUGGGACAAGGAUGGCAAGGGGAUGAGCAUCUGGGACGUGUUCGCCCACAAGAAGGGAAAGAUCUUCCUCAACGACACCGCAGACCACUCCUGCGAAGGAUACUACAAAUUCAAGGACGACAUCACCUUGAUGAAGGACAUGAAGUUUAACCACUAUCGUUUCUCCAUCUCCUGGCCAAGGAUAUUUCCCAACGGAAUCAAAGCUGAUCACAUCAAUGAGAAGGGAAUCAAAUACUAUGAUGACCUGAUCAACAUGCUCCUGGACAACAACAUCACACCAAUAGUCACCCUGUACCACUGGGAUCUGCCACAGGUCUUACAGGAGAAGUACGGUGGAUGGCAGAACGUCAGCAUGGUGAACUAUUUCAACGACUUUGCCAACUUAUGCUUUGAGCGGUUUGGUGACAGAGUCAAAUACUGGAUCACCUUCAACAACCCAUGGUCUAGUGCUGUGGAAGGCUAUGAGACUGGAGAACAUGCACCUGGUCUGAAGAUGAGGGGCACUGGGGCCUACAAAGCUGCCCACCACAUUAUCAAGGCACAUGCUAAGGUUUGGCACACCUAUGACACUCAAUGGAGAAGCAAACAGAAAGGCUUGGUUGGGAUCUCGUUGUUGGCAGACUGGGGGGAGCCAGUGGACAUCACCAACCAGAGAGACAUUGAGGCAGCAGAGAGAUAUGUCCAGUUCUACAUGGGCUGGUUCGCUACACCCAUCUUCAACGGGGACUACCCUCAGGUCAUGAAAGACUACAUCGGUAGGAAGAGUGCCCAGCAGGGUCUAGGAACCUCCCGCCUCCCCGUCUUCUCCUCCCAGGAGAAGAGUUACAUCAAGGGCACCUGUGACUUCCUGGGUAUUGGUCACUUCACCACGCGCUAUAUCACCCAGAAGAACUACCCGUCUGGCCGCGGGAACAGCUACUUCACCGACCGUGACCUGGUGGAGCUGGUAGACCCUCGCUGGCCCGACCCCGGCUCUGAGUGGCUCUACUCUGUCCCCUGGGGAUUCAGACGCCUGCUUAACUUCGUCAAGACUCAGUAUGGGAACCCCAUGAUCUACGUGACAGAGAAUGGGGUGUCAGAGAAGGUGCAGAGGUGCACAGACCUGUGUGAUGAUUGGAGGAUGCAGUACUUCAAGGAUUACAUCAAUGAGAUGCUCAAGGCCCUUAAGGACGGAGUGAACGUGAAGGGUUACACAGCCUGGUCGCUGCUGGACAAGUUUGAGUGGGACGAAGGCUUCUCUGAGAGGUUUGGCCUGUUCUACGUGGACUUCCUCAACAAGAAUAAACCACGUUACCCAAAAGCCUCUGUUCAGUACUACAAACGCAUCAUCAGCUCCAAUGGGUUCCCCAACCAGAGAGAGGUGGAGAGCUGGAGAAGGAAAGCCACAGAGACGUGCUCCUCCAGUAACCAGCUGCUAGCUGCAGAUCCGUUGACGAGCCACAUGGAGAUGGUAACAGAGAUCGUGGUUCCUACAGUGUGUACUCUCUGUAUUCUCCUGGCUGCUGUCUUCCUCAUGUUCCUGCUGCGUGGACGCUUCUAGAAUACUGCUGUCUUCCUCAUGUUCCUGCUGCGUGGACGCUUCUAGAACCCAGCUGUCUUCCUCAUGUUCCUGCUGCGUGGACGCUUCUAGAACACUGCUGUCUUUCUCACGUUCCUGCUGCGUGGAUGCUUCUAGAACACUGUCUUCCUCAUGUUCCUGCUGCGUGGACAUUUCUAGAACACUGCUGUCUUCCUCAUGUUCCUGCUGCGUGGAGGCUUCUAGAACCCAGCUGUCUUCCUCAUGUUCCUGCUGCGUGGACUCUUCUAGAACACUGUCUUCCUCAUGUUCCCGCUGCGUGGACGAUUCUAGAACACGCCUGUCUUCCUCAUGUUCCUGCUGCGUGGACACUUCUAGAACACUGCUGUCUUCCUCAUGUUCCUGCUGCGUGGACAAUGAUAGCUGUAUUUUUUAUUACACACAGUUCAUCUCUUUUAUAUACACAUUGCAACAGUACAAACUUGGACACCGGACACAUUUUAAAAUGGAACGAUAGCUAUUCCAUGUUAAUAAAGUGUUAGCAUGCAUUAUUAUCUGUAUCUUGAAAAUCUAAUUAAAUUGCAUUAAAGAUUGUACAACCUG